AUGGGUCAAGUAAAAGGAAACAGUGGCUAUGGAUCAAAUAACGGAAAUAGUGGCUACGGGUCAAGCAACGGAAAUAGUGGCUAUGGUUCUAGUAACGGAGGCAGUGGCUACGGGUCAAGCAACGGAAAUAGUGGCUAUGGUUCUAGUAACGGAAAUAGUGGCUACGGGUCAAUGUACGAAAUAGGUGGCUAUGGGUCAACAGUAGGCAAACGGAAUAUGAGUUGGACAUGGUCAAAUAACGGAAAUAGUGGCUAUGGGUCAAAGCAACGAAAUAGUGGCUACGGGUCAAGUAAUGGAAACAGUGGCCAUGGGUCAAGUAACGGAAAUAGUGGCUAUGGGUCAAGUAAUGGAAACAGUGGCCAUGGGUCGAGUAACGGGAAUAGUGGCUAUGGGUCAAAUAACGGACAAAAUAGUUUAGGAAGCUUUGGGAUCAGGAGUUUCGGCAGCAGUGGCUUUGGAACAUAG